AUGGCACAAGAUACUGGACCCCGUUUGGCUGCAACAGUGAUCGUUUUGUCCGUUCUGGCAUAUCCACUACUAGCAUUGCGUAUCUACAUCAGAGUAAAGACCAGAGCAUGGGGUGCUGACGAUUGGUCGAUGCUGUUCGCGGCCGUCCCAUUCACCGCACUCACUAUCGCAUGUCUCGGUGGUGCCUUCAAUGGUGUUGGUGGUCAUGAAGCUGAGCUAGGUCCUGAAAAGACUUCUGUUGGCCUUCACUGGUUCUUCUUCUUCGAGGUCUUUUAUUGCAUCGCAAUUGUACCCAUUAAGCUUAGUAUCUCGCUGAUGGAGAUGCGUAUCGCGACCAGCAAAAGGAACUAUGUCAUCUCACUUUGGAUCACCUCGGCCAUGUUCAUCAUCAUGAACAUUAUAUCCUUGUUCGUCAUCAUCUUCCACUGCAACCCCAUCUCCUGGGCAUGGGACACGACGACUCCUGGUGGACACUGCAACUCUGCGACAACCCUUACAAAUAUCUAUUAUGCCGACACAGCUGUCAACAUCUUUACUGACUGGUUCUGCGCCCUGUUGCCCGUACCGCUACUUUGGUCCAUUCAGCUCAACCGCAACGCAAAGGUGUCCGUCGUGUUCUUGUUGAGUCUGGGCGUUCUGGCCAGUCUUUCGGCCUGCAUUCGUCUCAAGUAUACCGUCAGACUCAACAGUGCCAAUGACUACAUCCACGGAAUUGGUGACAUCGUCAUCUGGGGUUAUGCUGAAAAUGGCAUUGGUAUGAUUGUCGGCUGUUUGAGUACCUUGCGUCCUCUGUUCCGCCGCGUCUUCCAGCUCGGAAGCUCAGCACCCGAUGCUUCUUCCAAGAUGAACGGCACUCGUUCAAAGAGUCGCCGCAACUACCUCAACUGUGAGGCAGGAUACGAGCUUCCCGAGGGUGUGCGCCCUAUGGACAGAGAUGUCGUUGUAAAGGGAGGCACCGUCAAGGAGACCAGCAUCCGCGACUCUGACUCGGAGGAGCACAUUCUGUCAGACUAUCCCGGCAUCAAAAUGACGAGAAGUGUCUUGCAAGAGACGAGUUUCGCAACCACCUCUACUUCUGGACAGAGCCCAUAA